UUAAAGCGGUGUCGAACUGCAUCGGAUGCAUUCAAGGAAACCGGAGCUGUGCGAAUCCACACGGCCCAGAUAUUGCAGUUUGAAACUCUCCUCCCCUUGACGGCGCAAGGACGGGUCACUCAGCGCCCUCUCGGGGAUGGGACCGGCAGGCGCGCCCGGGUUGCCGCUCUCCUUCCCUUCCUUCUCCCUCCUUUGCCUCCCUUUCGUCCUUCCUUCGACCGAGGCCGCCCUCGCUUCCCGCCGCUCCGUCGGAGCUCUCUUUGGGGAUUCAUUUGGGACUCUAGAGUUGCUGCAGUUGCGCCGCCUCGACAAGAAGGAGAAGACCUGCGCCCAGUAUUGCGUCCUGAUUGUAUUACUUCACUCUUCUUCCUGAGAAAUGGAGAAAAUGAUCUCAUGCUUCCUUUUGCUGGUUGGAGUUUUCCUUAUCGCAGCCAGGGAGAGACGUGUUCCAGAGUCACUUUCAAGUCAAAGAAAUGAUGCACUUUUACUUGAAGAAUUUUGCAGUGACAAACGUCUUGACCUUGUGUUCAUCAUUGACAGCUCUCGCAGCGUUCGCCCAUAUGACUUUGAGAAAGUGAAGGAAUUCAUCUUAAACAUCCUUCAGUUUUUGGACAUCCGGCCAGAUGUCACUAGAGUGGGACUUAUCCAAUACGGCAGCACAGUCAAGAAUGAAUUUUCCCUGAAGACCUUUGCAAGGAAACAGGACAUGGAGAGAGCAGUGAGGAGAAUGAUGUACCUUUCCACGGGCACCAUGACGGGAUUAGCCAUCCAGUUUGCAGUGAACAUUGCCUUUUCCGAGACCGAAGGGGCUCGGCCACUCAGCCAGAAUGUGCCCAGAGUUAUCAUGAUCGUGACCGAUGGCAGGCCCCAAGAUCCGGUUGCCGAAAUUGCAGCAAAAGCCCGAAACUCCGGAAUCCUAAUUUUUGCGAUUGGUGUGGGAAGAGUAGAUAUGAAUACACUGAAAUCCAUUGGGAGUGAACCUUACGAAGACCAUGUCUUUUUGGUUGCAAAUUUCAGCCAGAUUGAAACGUUGACGUCUGUGUUCCAGAAUAAACUAUGUGUUCAACACAUGUGCAGUGUAAUUGAACAACAUGGUUGCGAUCAUUUCUGCAUCAACACUCCUGGCUCUUAUGUGUGUAAAUGUAAACAGGGAUAUAUUUUGAACUCAGACCAGAAGACUUGCAAUACCCAGAACCUAUGUGAGCUCAGAAAGCAUGAGUGUGAACAGAUAUGUGUGAAUACACCUGGAUCAUAUGUCUGCCAAUGUUAUGAUGGCUACAAACUCCUGGAAGAUGGGAAGAACUGUCUCCUUGUGAACUACUGUGCUUUGAAUAACCAGGGCUGUCAACAUGAGUGUGUCAACACUGAAGAUUCCUACUACUGUCAAUGUCGGAAAGGGUUCAUUCUCAAUCCAGACAAAAGAACAUGUAGAAGACCAGACUACUGUGCUUUGCAAAAUCAUGGCUGUCAGCAGGAGUGUGUCAACACAAAUGAAUCCUAUUUCUGUCGAUGCCAGCAAGGAUUUACUCUUAAUCCAGAUAAGAAAACUUGCAAAAGAAUAAAUAUCUGUGCCUUGGGAAAACAUGGCUGUGAACAUGAGUGUGUUAAUACUGAAAGCUCAUAUAUGUGCAGAUGUCGAACAGGAUAUACUCUGAACCGUGACCGUAAAACAUGCAGAAGAAUUGACCACUGUGCUGAAUCCAACCAUGGAUGUGAACAACUGUGCCUGAAUACUCGGGAGUCCUAUGUUUGUCAGUGUUCAGAAGGAUUUGUCAUUAAUGAGGACCUCAGGACUUGUUUGCGGGUGGACUAUUGCUUACUGAGUGACCAUGGUUGUGAACAUUUGUGUGUGAACAGAGAAAGAUCCUAUACUUGCCAGUGCUUUGAAGGAUACAUGCUGCGUAGUGAUGGGAAAACGUGUAAACAUAGAGAUGUUUGCAAAUCAGUGGCGCAUGGCUGUGAGCACCUUUGUGUCAGCGAUGAUGGCAACUCCUAUGUCUGCCAGUGUCAUGAAGGAUUCAUCCUGAGGGAAGACGGGAAAAGCUGCAGAAGGAGAGAUCUCUGCAACUCAGUAGCUCAUGGCUGUGAGCACUUGUGUGUCAAUGAUGAUGACUCCUAUAUCUGCAAGUGCCGUGAAGGAUUUAUAUUAAAGGAUGAUGGGAAGACCUGCAGAAAUCAAGAUGUCUGCAAGUCUAUAAAUCAUGGAUGUGACCAACUCUGCGUUAAUAUUGAAGAUUCAUACACUUGCAAAUGUCACGAGGGAUUUAUAUUAAAGGCUGAUGGGAAGACAUGCAGAAAUCAAGAUGUCUGCAAGUCCAUAAAUCAUGGAUGUGAGCAAGUCUGUGUUAAUGUUGAAGAUUCAUAUACCUGCAAAUGUCACGAGGGAUUUAUGUUAAGGGAUGAUGGGAAGACAUGCAGAAAUCUAGAUAUCUGCAAGUCCAUACAUCAUGGUUGUGAACAUGUCUGUGUUAAUGUCGAAGAUUCGUAUACCUGCAAAUGCUAUGAAGGAUUUAUAUUAAGAGGUGACGGGAAAACCUGCAGAAAUCGAGAUGUCUGCAAGUCCACUAAUCAUGGAUGUGAACACAUCUGUGUUAAUACUGGAGACUCCUAUGCCUGUAAAUGCCACGAGGGAUUUGCAUUACAAGAAGACAGGAAAACAUGUAGAAGCAAAGAUCCUUGCAAGUACAUUCAACAUGGUUGUGAACAUGAUUGCAUAAAUAAUAACAAUUCAUACCUUUGCAAAUGCCAUGAGGGAUUCAUACUGGAAGGAAAUGGGAAAACGUGCAGAAGAUGCACUGAGGGCCCAGUUGAUCUGGUAUUUGUGAUAGAUGGAUCAAAAAGUCUGGGAGUGAAUAAUUUUGAGAUUGUCAAGGAAUUUGUAUUGGGAAUCUUGGACUCUCUUACCAUAUCACCCAAAGCUGCAAGAAUUGGUUUGCUGCAAUAUUCCACACAGGUCCGCACAGAAUUUACACUGAAACAAUUCAGCACAGCCACAGAUAUGAAGAAAGCAGUGUCCCAAAUGAAAUAUAUGGGGAAAGGCUCCAUGACCGGACUUGCCCUGAAGCAAAUGACCGAGAGGAGUUUUACUGAAGCCGAGGGGGCCCGGCACUUGUCGGCCAAGGUGCCCAGAGUGUGCGUGGUGUUCACAGAUGGACGGGCCCAAGACGAGGUCUCCGAAUGGGCUGCUAAAGCAAAGCAACGUGGAAUCACUAUGUAUGCCAUUGGAAUAGGGAAAGCAAUUGAGGAAGAACUGAGAGAAAUUGCUUCUGACCCUCCGGAAAAACAUCUUUUCUAUGCAGAGGAUUUCAGUGCCAUGGGAGAGAUUACAGAAAAACUCCAAAAAAGAAUGUGUGAAGGUCUGAAGAAUCACCAGGAUUUACCAGAAGAUUUGCUUCAUUCAACGGAUUCAUAUUCAGAAGAACCUGGAACAACUACUCUAGAAAUUACAGAUGUUCUUGCUUGUCCCAAUAUUGCAGUCCACCACAAAUAUCUAUUUCAGGAAAAACAAAUGGGAUCAACAGCAACAUCAGGAAAAUCUUCAGACGAUAAGAAAGACCCUUGCAAAUGUGAAAAUCUUGUGACUUUUCAGAAUUUUGCAAAUGCUGAAGUUCAGAAACUAACACAACAAUUAGGAGAAAUGUCAAAAAGAAUGGAAGCCCUGGAAAAUCGAUUAAGAUACCGAUGAACAUUAAGAUACUUCUCAACAGAAGUUUACAAGUGCGUUGGAAGAAUGUACCAAAGCUAUCAGCAAAACGUCCAGAUUCCCCCAUUAAAGGAGAAUUUAUAACUCCAGUACUUUAACAAAGUACAUUAUAUUGCAUUUUUGCAUUGUCUGGGAAUAAAAUCUAUUUGUAUGUUUUUUAAACUGAGAUAAGCUAUUCCACUUAAUAAAAUGGUGCUACAGAAGGCAUUUUAACUAGUUUACGAA